AUGAAUCGAUCUCGCGUCUUGUGCAAUGGCCUCCAUAGGCUUGCACGGGCUCAAAGAACCUGCCGUGGCUAUGUCACGGAUGCAGAUGUAGCUUCAGCGAGGAAUUACUGUCUCAAGCAGCUCCAAGCCAGUGACUACGAUGCCCACCUCAUCCGCCGAUUCGUCCCUCCGCCAUGUCAGGACAUGUACGCCGCUCUUCGUACCCUGAACCUCGAACUCGUGCGGCUGCCGGAGCUCGUCUCCAACCCGACGAUUGGAAUCAUGCGCAUGAAGUUCUGGCAAGAAUCUAUAGACAAGACAUUCGCCGGACAGCCACCCCGCGAGCCUAUAUGCAUCCUGCUGGACAAGAGCUUGCAAGACGUGGAGAAGCGCGCGGGCAGUAGCAUGAGGAAGUCACUUCGCUUCUGGGUGUCUCGAUUGGUCAAAACGAGGGAGAAGCACAUGGACAACCGACCUUACACAAGCAUAACUGCCUUGGAGGACUAUGCGGAGAACACCUACUCGACCAUGAUGUAUGCGACGCUGGGCGCGAUGCCGAUGAAGUCCAUGCACAUGGAUCACUUGGCAAGCCACAUUGGCAAAGCGUGCGGCAUCGUGGCGGUCCUCAGAGGCAUUCCCGUUCUAGCUUCGCCGGCGAGGCCCGUCAAGACGCCCUCUGGAGCAGAUGCGCCGAGCACACACAAGCCAACGCUCCUUUUGCCGCUUGAUGUCAUGGCUGAAGAAGGCGUGAAGGAGGAGGAGGUCUUUCGCCAAGGACCCAAUGCGCCGGGGCUACAGGAUGCCGUCUUCAAGGUUGCGACCCGAGCGAAUGAUCAUCUCAUCACCGCACGUGAGAUGCUUAAGAGGCUGGAGCAAGGCGAGGACCCGGGUCACGACUUUGAGCACCAGGGCGAGGGGGAGCACGUCUACGAGAUGGGCCAGAGUGACACACAGAGAGAGAUACGGGCGGGAUUCAGUGUUUUGCUAGAGGCUGCGCCGGCCAGCCAGUAUCUGGAAAACCUCCAGAAAGCCAACUUUGACCCGUACACGUCACAACCCGUCGCAAAAAUGCUUUACGAACUCAUCGGAAUCGUCCGCCCAGGCAAAGUGGCCGAAGUCAAGGAAAUCGCCACAAGCGUCGGAUCCCUCAUUCUGCGCAAUGGCGGUGUCGUUCGUGGCAUCUCCAAUUGGGGCGUCUUCAGCCUCCCCCGUCCGAUCUCCGUCCACCAAAUGAAGCACACACACGGCCACUACUUCGUCAUGCGCUACGACUCGAGUACCAAAGUCCACGAGGACAUUCGAAGCAACAUGAGACUGGAACCUCGCAUGAUCCGCGCGACACACGUCAGGUUGGGCGACGGGCGGUUGGAGAGCAUGGCCAAGUUCGGCAAGCCUGAUUGGAAAGAAGCCGCCGGGUCCAUGAAGGUCAACGAGGUCUAAAAUUCGAAAGUGGCGGGAGCCUGUAAGAUAUCAAGAGGAACAUAGACGUGUAUCAUAUGGUCUCAACGGCGUCGGGGGUCUGCUUUAUGAGCAUGGCAUGAAUUAUACAAUUUACUGCUUUAU